UGUUAUUUAUGAUCCCUUCCACUUGGCUUGUACUUACAAGAUGGAGGUUCCACAGGUUAAAGCUACGUUUCACCUAGGAUCAGAAACUUAUUCUGUUUAUGCAAACAAAGGGAUUCUUUCGGAGCAGUUAGUUGCAUUAAAGGAAGAAUCCAUGACCAUACUGAAGGCAUAUAUCACGAAGCAUAAUGUUCCAAUUGACGUCCCUGACGAGGUCGAGGAAGUUUCAGAAGAUGAAGAAAUCACUGAGAAGCCAAAACCAAAGAAACAAAAGUAGGACUUUUUAUAAUCUUUUGGGUUUGAAGUUUUAUUCAAGAAUAUUGGUCUAAUCUCUUUACUUGAAAUGUUCUCCUAUAAUUAAAGUGUGUAUUUACUUCGUCUGCUAUUCAAACAUGAAAUAUCAACUUUACUUCUCUGGAA